GUUUAUAAACCCUCUUCUACAUUUCAAUCGAAUUUCCGUGGAUUCAUUUCCUGUUACGAAAAUCUGUUUCGUGUGUGUUCUUCCCCCAUACCUUCACAAAUGUCGUUCACGAAAGUGGUGAUUGAACGAGACACGGACUCUGAAGAAGAGAGUUCAUCUGGAGAUGAAAAUGAUCAAGUCGAUGAUUACCCAUCCGAAGAAGAAGAUGAUGACGAUCAGGUAUUAGAAAAUGAGGCUUCCACUACGACGUCGAGGAAAACAAAGACGAAACCCAUCACUAUUUCUCUCAAGAAAGUCUGCAAAGUAUGCAAGAGAUCGGGUCAUGAAGCAGGGUUUAAAGGGGCCACGUAUAUUGAUUGUCCAAUGAAGCCCUGUUUCCUCUGCAAAAUGCCUGGCCACACUACAAUCAGUUGUCCUCAUAGAGCGACUACAGAAUAUGGCAUCAUCCCAGCACCCCGCAAAGGAACUCAUAAUUCACUUGAAUAUGUUUUUGCUCGUCAGCUUAGGCCUCACAUUCCACAGAUUAAGCCCACAGUUGUGAUCCCAGAUCAAGUAAACUGUGCAGUUAUUAGAUACCACAGUAGGCGAGUUACUUGCUUGGAGUUCCAUCCAACAAAUAAUAGUCUUCUUUUAUCUGGAGACAAGAAAGGGCAGCUUGGAGUUUGGGAUUUCAAGAGAGUACAUGAGAAGACAGUAUAUGGGAACAUACAUGGUUGCAUACUUAACAACUUGAAGUUUAAUCCGACAAAUGAUGGAACAGUUUAUGGCGCUUCUUCAGAUGGAACUAUCAGCUGCACUGAUUUGGAGACUGGAAUGUCAAUGGGAUUGAUAAAUCUUAAUCCCAAUGGGUGGCAGGGCCCAAGCAGUUGGAGGAUGCUCUAUGGAUUGGAUAUAAACUCUCAGAGAGGAAAUUUAAUUGCUGCGGAUAAUUUUGGAUCUCUCUAUAUGGUGGAUAUGCGCUCCAACACCACAACGGGGGACUCCGUUUUGAUUCACAAGAAAGGAAGCAAAGUUACUUGUCUACACUGCCAUCCUCAUCAACCAGAUAUUCUAUUGAGUUGUGGAAAUGAUCACUUUGCUCGUAUUUGGGAUAUGCGUAAGUUAGAAGCGGGGUCCUCAAUUUAUGAUCUUUCACACAAUCGUGUCGUCAACUCAGCAUAUUUUUCUCCACAAAGCGGCAGCAAAAUACUUACUACUUCACAGGACAAUCGCCUUCGUGUAUGGGAUUCUAUCUUUGGCAAUUUGGAUUCCCCAAGCCGAGAAAUUGUGCACAGUCAUGAUUUUAAUAGACAUUUGACACCUUUUAGAGCGGAAUGGGAUCCAAAGGACCCAUCUGAGUGCCUCAUUGUUGUUGGGCGUUAUAUAAGUGAAAAUUAUAAUGGAGCAGCAUUGCAUCCAAUUGAUUUUAUAGACAUCAGUACAGGUCAGUUGGUUGCUGCGGUAAUGGAUCCAAACAUCACGACUAUCAGUCCUGUGAACAAGCUACAUCCCCGUGAUGAUGUUUUGGCAUCUGGUAGUUCAAGGUUUGUAUGUGGGGAGCAGUCAAUUUAUUUUCCAUAAUGAUAUAGCGUUUCUUUGAUUCUUUGUUUUUGACAUCAUAUGGGACUUGUAGCACUUUUAUUUUGCUUGCAAAUUGUAAAAGAAUGUUAUAUAUUGGUUUCGACUAGUUGGAGUUUAGGAUUUAAUAUGAUGGGAAUGUGGGUUUAUCUUUAUAUGAUUGUUGGGAGGCUACCUUAUGGUUAUUCUUCUGCUCUUCUAAUGUCAAAUACUUGUGCAGAAUUUUUCUCUUCUUCCUUCUAGUAAGUGGUGUCUUUUACUUUAUUUCCCAAUUAAAGCCUCUAUUGUUCCUAGCAACUUUAUUAGGACAUGUUAUUGAAUUUUGAUUGUCUUUUUUUCUACUCCGUUUUUACCUUGUUAUUAACUUACUCAACAAAAUUGCUCACCCUUUAAUU